AUGCCAUAUAUCACAUCAUUACCAUCACUUGGACAACUGCCUUUACUUAGAGAUUUGAGCGUAAAAUGUAUGGAUGGGGUAACAACAGUUGGUGCUGAGCAUUUUGGGAUUGGUUCUUCUGCUAAGACUGUCCCAUCUCUAGAGGGUCUAAUAAUUGAGGAUAUGUUGAAUUGGAAACAACGGUCUUGGUCUAAUGGACUCGAGGAAAAGGAAAAAGGGAAUUUCCUAAUCUACGUUCACCUGAAUUACUUCAUAUCUUUGUCUGAAAUUGACAAUUGCAAUGGUUUGAUGUACUUGUGGCUAGAUGGAACUGAUUUACAUGAACUUGCAAGUUUGAAGCAUUUAGAGAUCAAGAAGUGUGAGCAUCUUGUGUCAUUAGUAGAUGUUGAGCAAUAUGGCGACCUGGAACAGCUGCCAAAUGGGUUGCAAUGCCUUGCUUCACUCAGAGAUUUGAAAAUUAAUCAUUGCCCAAAACUGAUAUCAUUUCCAGGAGGUUUGCCAUAUGUUCUCCAACAUCUUGAGAUUUCAGAGUGUGAUGCGCUGAAGUCAAUUCCUGAUGGGAUGAUGAAAAUGAUGAGCGGCAGUAAGGGCAGUCAGUGCCUCCAAGAGUUGCUAAUUAGUUGGUGCUCAUCUCUCAAGUCCAUUCCAAGAGGAAUGCUGCCCAUCAUGCUGAAGUCAUUGGCAAUUUCAUGGUGCAAAAUUCUAGAGACUCUACUUGAGGGAAUUAUGUAUGAUGGUGGUGAUAGAAGGGAGUUAUCUCGACUUGAGCAUUUGAACAUAGACGAUUUUUCUCUCUUGCCCUUCCCAACCUUCGAAUUUCCUGCGUCUCUCAAGACACUUGAAAUUGCCUAUUGCACAACACAAUCACCAAGUCCGUGCGUGACCUAUCCCAUCUCACUGAAUUGGAAAGAAGUGAGUGUUCUAGGGGGUUUGUCCCCAAACUUUAUUAAACUUGAGAUUCGUUGUUGUGAGAAUGUCAAAGAGCCAAUGUCAGACUGGGGAGUUCGUACGCUCAUCUUUCUCAAACGACCUGUAAUCGAAGGUACAAGUCCUUGUACAAAGACGGUUUCCUUUCCUGAUGAUGAGGGUCCACUUCUUCCCACUUAA